AUGACCGAAUCGCAGGGAACAUCAUUGAUCCGUCAAAAUUACUCUUCUGAUUUAGAGGCUGCUCUCAAUAAACAGAUCAACAUCGAAUUGUACGCUUCAUACGUUUACAUGUCAAUGUCUGUUUAUUUUGAUCGAGCCGAUAUCGCGUUGAGUAAAGUGGCUGAUUGGAUGCGGAAACAAAGUGAUGAGGAAAGAGAACACGCACAGAAAUUCAUGAAAAUGCAGAAUCUCCGCGGUGGCCAUGUCGCUCUUCAACCGAUCCAAAAACCCGAACGCGACGAGUGGGGAACAACUCUUGAGGCUUUUCAAGCAGCGUUGGCUUUGGAGAAGUUCAACAAUCAAAGCCUUAUCGAGUUGCAUUCGGUGGCAUCGAGCUCGAACGAUGCACAAUUCUGCUCGUUCCUCGAGGACAACUUCUUGCAUGAACAGGUUGAAUCGAUCGAAGAAAUCGGAAAAAUGGUGACAAAUCUGAAGAGACUCGGCGGUGGAAUGGGUGAAUACCUUUUCGAGAGAGAACAUUUCGAUAAAUCG